UAAUUUUUACUUCUCUGCCUAGACUUGCUACUCUCCCAGCCUUGGCAGUGCUUGGCUGGUCACCCUGACAUGUGUCCUGAUGGGCAGCGUGUGUGUCACAGCCACCAUAGCGCUCCUGAUGCUCUCUCACUGUUACCGCACUACCCGCAUGAUUAUCCACGCUCGCUGGGUGGGCUUCAGUGCCAUGGUAAUGUUCUGCUUGGCUGCUGUAAUAUUUCCCAUGGGCUUCCACAUAGAAGAAAUUGGAGGGGAGCCUUACCAACUUCCUAGCAGCUUCCAGGUUGGCUACUCGUACAUAUUCUUUGUGCUGGCGCUGUGGAUGACAGUUGUAUCGGAGCUGUUUGCUGGCAAGAUAAUCUGUCCCCGUCUCGGAGACUUAUGACCGAAGUUUGCAUUCCCGAUUUGACUAUUUUUUCGGAGGUGCAGCUGAUCUUGCUUGUGAUGAUCUCCUUUAGAACAUCAGUCAGCAUUUUCAUGCUGAAAGUCAUCCCUAGAUGAGUAUUUUUGUACCGGAGUUAUUAACCACUUCCCAGCAUUGUCUUUAUCAUAUCAUUGUUUUUUUUUGUUGUGAAGUAAACUUUAACAAUUACCAUGUAACCGCAUGCGAUUUUGCUCAAUACUUCAAUUUGUUUUCAUUAUAGCAAUUUAUUUUCAUGAUGCUUUUGGCUUUAGUUAGAACAUAUUUUACCACCUACUGCAUUUCCUUUUUAUAUAGAUUAGAAAAUUCGAAUACAUAAACAAUUGCUUAUUUGUUGGAUACAUUCAACGAGUUCAAGACUUGUUGAUCUCAUUGAAUAGAUUGUUGGGCAUCAGAAGAGAGAAAUACUAGGUUAUUUUCAUCUCUCGUUGCCAAAGUGUGAUGUGUGGCCAUUAUUGCAGCUUUAAAUAAAAGCUGUCUCACAGAUUCUCUAUGUCUGUAGUGUUGUAUACGUGUAUUUGCGUGCUUAUAAUAUAAGAAAUGACCCACUGUCGACUUGAGCAUUAAUAAUCAUCGCUGGAUAUUAGUUGUAAGGCAUCUAAUCAUCUAUGUAGAGCGUCGUGCCGAGACUUUCGCAACUUAGACGAUUUACGAGAGGAUCUUUUGUAGUUUAUGUAGAGUGCUUUGUCACCCCCGAAAUGAUUUUCGUUGCGGAUAUAUCCUAUCUUGUUGAAUUAGUCGAAACAUUGAGUUGUGUUUUUCUGUAAUAUUAUUAUAUUGUGACAUUGAAUGUG